ACCAGCCACUUGGGCCUCCCUCACCACUUUCUCAGGGGGCCUUGUCUGGGCACAGGCUCACUGACCCCUAGCCUCUUCUGGGCUGCUGGAAAGAUUGGGGGCGGUCUCCUAGAGACCUCCUCACAUCUGUCCCUCUUCCCAGGUCCAGAGAGCCACAAUUACAGUCACUGCAGCUCCUGUCACAUCGCAGCCACACGGCUGCCAAUGACAGCACAGAGGCUGGCACCCCUCCCCCACAGGCCCCCACAGACAGGUCCACGUGCGUCCCCAGAUGCCUGAAUCACUGCUGACGGUUUGGGACCUGGAGGCCGUGGGCUCCUGGGGAGCCACUGGGGAGGGGGGGUGGCGGCCACGUCGUCUCCCAGGAACACCUGCGGACAUAAAUAGGCAGCGAGCGAAGGCAGCCCAGCACAGUCCGCACAGCGGCCCCACACACUGUGCCCACCUGCUCCAGGAUGCCGGACACCAUGCUACCCGCCUGCUUCCUGGGCCUCCUGGCCUUCACCUCCGCCUGCUACUUCCAGAACUGCCCGAGGGGUGGCAAGAGGGCCAUGUCUGACCUGGAGCUGAGACAGUGCCUCCCCUGCGGCCCUGAGGGCAAAGGGCGCUGCUUCGGGCCCAGCAUCUGCUGCGGCGACGAGCUGGGCUGCUUCGUGGGCACGGCCGAGGCGCUGCGCUGCCAGGAGGAGAACUACCUGCCGUCGCCCUGCCAGUCGGGCCACAAGCCGUGCGGGAGCGGGGGCCGCUGCGCCGCCGCGGGCAUCUGCUGCAACGACGAGAGCUGCGUGACCGAGCCCGAGUGCCGGGAGGGCGCUAGUUUUCACCGCCGCGCGCGCGCCAGUGACCGGAGCAACGGGACCCAGCUGGACGGGUCGACCGGCGCCCUGCUCCUGAGGCUGGUGCAGCUGGCGGGGGCGCCCGAGCCCGCGGAGCCCGCCGCACCCGGCGUCUACUGAACCGCCCGCUCCCCCCUCCCGCCCCCGCAGUCCAGAAAAUAAACCUUUUAAAAUGCA